AACCGAACCUGCUGUUCAAACAUUCCAGUUCAGAACAUCUCGUCUUCCAGAACGCAAAAGAAUUAGGCUUCAGUGCUACGAGUAUCCGAUGACGGAGGGAUUCAAUGACAAAUUUUUCAAAGAGAGGGACUGUAUUAAUAUGGAUUGUGCUAUCAUCAUGUGUGAUAUUACUGACGAAUCGAGUAUGAAGCCUGUUGAUGACUGGAUUGAAUUAUUUAAAAGAUAUGGGAAAGAAAUCCCAACUAUUGUUUGUGGAAAUAAAGCUGAUUUGAUACCAAUCGGGGUAGUAAAGCCAAUCGGCUACAAUUCUAAGAGUAACAAUGUGGUGUGGACUCCUUGUUCAGUUAAGAGCUUGAAAGGUCUUUAGGUGCCUUUCACUUAUAUUGCCAGGAUUCUG